AUGACAUCCACAGCUAGAAAUGCAGGCGUUACUUUGAAAAAGCUUCUCAAUGAGCUAAGAAAAGUUAGCCCCGAAGCCAAUUACAAGGAGUCAUUGGCAGCUAAAUACAUUGUUUCGCAGUUCAGAAAGUUUGAGACAACCGAGCAGCAGCACUGCAGGGCGAGAGAGGAAAUGCACUUCACUGCGAAAACGUACUUGUGCUAUCUGCAAAGCAUUCGGAAACUUAAGGAAAUAAAUGCGACUUAUAGUGGUCGUGGGGAACGAAGCAUUCGUGACACAGCAGACAUGGUUGGAUUCAAACUUCCGCACGAUCCCAAAUAGAAAGAUUGUCAUCUGAACAAAAAUGUACAUUUGAUAGACCUUACGUUAAAAAUCUAUAUCAUAGACAA